AUGUGUCUUUUACUCAGUGUACUUAUUGCUUCCUCCCUCGUCUCAUCUGAACUCUCAUACGAAACAACCGCAACUCAUCUGUCAAUAAACUUAACGCUAAGCAUGUGGUCUUAUCUUUCGCUGGCCGCAUUGGCUGUCGCCUUUGUAUACAGCGUAGUCAGUGUCUCCGCAGCAGUCUGCGCUACCACUUAUGAAAAUACAUACACCGAAGCUGUCAAUACUAUCGUCAGCUCUGCCAUCCAUAUGCUGAAUAGGAUAUCCACAACCACUAUCUCGUUCUGCCUUAACUUCCUCGAAUAUAACUUCCUAUUGCCCCACUGGAUGUCCCACACACUCUUCUGGAUGCUCUUAGCCACAUACAUAACACACCUGCGGUCACCACAUACCCUCGAAAACCUGCGGCUCGCAGCUCUCGAAAACCUUCGGCGUGUAGCUCCCGACCUUAGAAUUUAUUGGGAACCUGUUGAACGGCUGAUCGAUAACUUACUCAAUUACCCAGAGGAAUUGGAUGAGACGAUCGCCGCCCCACAGCAACAGGCCAGGGAUCCCGAGGCUCGGCCCCCUCCCCCCGCUCGAUGCACGCACGAGGACAUAGACGCUGCAACAGCACGGGCUUUGCGUUACAAAAAUCGGGCCCAAAAGAUUGCCGACGAAAAGACAGCCUUGAUCGCAAGUAACAAGAACUUGCAACGCGAACUAGACGACGCUUUGAGAGAGCUAUCAACUAAGCCCGGCGUCGUGCAACGAGAAAGACUGAGCCGCGAAAAGGAGGCCGAGAUAACUGAAAUCCGCCAGCAACACAAAGACAAAAGAGCUAGCAUCCGCCAGCAACACAGGGACCAUGUGGAACGCAUCCAGGAGCAGCACACCGCUGAAGUGGUCCGCAUCAAUAGGCAACACGCCGCAGAGACUAGUGCCCUCAAUAAUCAUAUCGCCAACCUCCAAAACCGAAACCCUCGCACUCAGGCCGCUCCCAACCAAGAUGCUGCCAACCAAUAUGCUCCCAGCCAGCCCGUCCCCGCCUGCACCCAUGAGACCACCAUCACCGAGAUGCAAACCGUCAUCGACAAACUCCACCAGGAAAAAGCAUCCCAUGAGCGCCAGAUACAAUCUUUCCAAACCGAUAUUAAUGAAUUGAGAACCUCAAGAGACAGUCUCCUCCAAGAUCAAGCCUCUCAAAAACGCGAAAACGAAGCCCUAAAAACCUCCACCGCGGCCCACGAACACAACACCGGCACCCUAGCCAACGUAAAAGAACUGCUCCACCGCAUGGCCACAGACAGCGACAUCUACAUCCGCCUCAGCGCCACCUUCUUCGUAUCCUGCCUCGCCUUCAACGGCGCAGAUACGGCCUCCUUCGGCAUCGAUCUCGAGCGCUUCAAGCACUACUCCACGUGGGCACGUGCGUUCGUGGAGCGCCGCAUAGCGCCCGUGAUUCCCACGGACGGGUUCCGCGUCGACGGGGCGCGGUUCCCGGUGAGCCAGCGGUGGGGGACGGGCGGGGUGGUGGUGCUUGUCGCGGGCGGCGAGGAGGUGGUUAUGGCGGACGCGCCGGGUUCACCGGCAAUUGACGACGCGUACUUGAGGCUUCCGGACGAGGUGCCGCGCGUGCACAGGGCGAGAGCGAGCACUGCUGGGUCUGCGGGAGUGGCGAAUCAGGCACCGAAUACUACUGCAAACAAUGCUUGGAACGGUGCGUCGAAUCCUGCUGCGAACAAUGCUGCGGCAUCUGCGCCUCAGGCGAACAAUGCAUCGGCCUUCCGCAACUACCGAAGCUCCGCCAGGGAUGAAGAGGAUGAGAUGUUGUAG